AUGGGGAGUGUGCGAAGCCACCGCUACAGCAUUGUGUCCUCUGAGGAAGACGGCAUGAAGCUGGCCACUAUUGCCGUCCCGAAUGGCUACGGAAACGGCAACGUCAACAAGGUGCACACAUUGCGCCAAUGUCAGAGCCGCUUCGUCAGGAAGGAUGGUCACUGCAACGUGCAGUUUGUCAAUAUGAGUGAAAAAGGCCAGCGCUACCUGGCAGAUAUCUUCACCACCUGUGUGGACAUCCGCUGGCGCUGGAUGCUGCUCGUCUUCUGCCUUUCUUUCCUGCUGUCGUGGUUGUUUUUUGGCUUUGUCUUCUGGCUAGUUGCCCUCUGUUAUGGAGACUUAGAGAAUGAGACUCAGAGGUGUGUUUCCAACGUGGACAGCUUCACCGCUGCUUUCUUGUUCUCGGUGGAGACCCAAACCACAAUUGGCUACGGUUAUCGCUACGUGACGGAGGAGUGCCCCGUCGCUGUCUUUGUGGUCGUCUUCCAAAGUAUUUUGGGCUGCAUCAUUGACGCUUUCAUCAUCGGUGCGGUCAUGGCCAAGAUGGCCAAGCCCAAAAAGAGGAACGAGACCCUGGUGUUCAGCCACUAUGCAACAGUGGCCAUGAGGGAUGGCAAACUGUGCCUGAUGUGGCGAGUGGGGAACCUGAGGAAGAGUCACCUGGUGGAGGCCCACGUCAGGGCUCAGCUCCUGAAGUCCCGCACCACCGCAGAGGGAGAGUUCAUCCCCCUGGAUCAGGUAGACAUCGACGUGGGCUUCGACAGUGGCAUCGACAGAAUAUUCCUGGUGUCUCCGAUCACCAUCGUGCAUGAGAUCGACGAGGACAGCCCGUUUUAUGAGAUGAGUAAACGGGAGUUGGAGACGACAGAGUUCGAGAUCGUCGUGAUUCUGGAAGGCAUGGUCGAGGCUACAGCCAUGACCACUCAGUGCCGGAGUUCCUAUGUGGCCAGCGAGAUUCUGUGGGGCCACCGCUUUGAGCCGGUGCUCUUUGAAGAGAAGAACUACUACAAGGUGGACUACUCACGCUUCGAAAACACCUACGAGGUGCCCAGCACGCCCGAAUGCAGCGCUAAGGAGCUAGCAGAGAGGAAGUCCAACGAAUCCAGCUUGAGGAACUCCUUUUGCUACGAGAACGAGGUGGCUCUUGAAAAGGUUGAGAUGGAGGAGGACUUUGAGGAGGAUGUGAGCAGGCAGGUGAGCGGUGUGGAGGUCGGCGCGCCCGAGGACACAAACACAGAUGCUGUGUCAGACUCCGAAUGCAAUCUGGACUCUUUACCUUUAGAAUCAGAAUCAACACCUCUGACGGCAGAAUCAGAAAUAUGA